AUGCCAGAGUUGCACCCCGCUCAUCGACCAACUCCGUCUCGCCGUCGCUUCUCUGCGACCGCCACGUCCUCCAACAAUCCAGUUGUCCGUCGCAAGACCAGCACUAAAUUCCCACCGAGAUCCCUUCGUCUAUCUCGUCGCCAGCGCAUUUCGACAUCCAGUCCUCGCACAGAGUAUACAGAAUUACCAGAUGGCUCAGACCAUGAACGCUCUUCUCUUCUGUCGAGUUACUCAAGUGACGGAGAGGGGUUUGAUGCCGCCGACGGACUUACUACUUCUCUGCCUCACACACUGUCCACAAGAGCCAGUGAAUCUAACCUGGAAGCCUUAGAGAACUUCAGAAAUUCCCUCCGCCAAGCUGAUUUACUGCAGCAGAACAGGAUACCCUUGACGUAUGCUUCACUGCCGCCUACUCCCAUCACCUCCAGUCCUCCAGAGCGGCGAAGAGAGCCCAACUCGCCGGGUCAUGCUGAGAACUUGUUACACGAGGAGGUCCACCCAUUCUCGUUAUGGGAUUAUCUGAGAGAAGAACUGCUGGCCACGGACUUUGACUCCCAUCAAGAGCUGAAAUGGGAACGAGUCAGCAAUUUUCUGGCCAUUCCACUUGCAACAGAGAAGAUUGUAUCGUUCGGGUUCAUUCUAUGCUUUGACUCCUUCCUCUACACAUUUACUAUUCAACCCAUCCGCUUUGUCGUUGCCCUGUGGCGUCUCGCUCUCAACACCAUCUUCCGCACGAAAUCAUCUCUGCCUCCCUCUCAGAAGGCCGACAUAUUACGGACACUCUUGCUCGCGCUCUCAAUCAUGAUUCUCAUUCCUCUCACGGACGCCAGUAAGAUAUAUCACUCCAUUCGGGGUCAGGACACGAUCAAAUUGUAUGUCAUAUUCAACGCGCUCGAAAUCGGGGACCGUCUGUGCGCGUCUAUAGGGCAAGAUAUUAUCGAUUGCUUAUUCUCGCGCUCGACUCUGCUGCUGCUCUCGCAUAGGGUGCCCCUCACAACGCAUACCUUGCGGCCGAUCCUCUUCUUCUGUCUUGCCACAUGUUAUAUUGUGCUUCAUGCCCUCGUUAUGGUCUAUCAACUGUUAUGUCUCAACGUAGCGAUCAACUCCUACGACAAUGCACUUCUAUCAUUGUUGAUGUCCAAUCAGUUUGUUGAGAUCAAGGGCAGCGUCUUCAAGAAGUUUGAGAAAGACAGUCUGUUCCAGAUCACCUGUGCCGACAUUGUGGAGCGCUUCACUCUAGCCAUUAUGCUCUUCUUCGUCGGCUUCCGCAAUCUGAUAGAAUUGUCAGGGUCUGACUUUGACUUCUCCGAAGGCGUCUUCCUUCCGAAGAGCUUUGGGUUCUUCAAAGGGGGGUUUGGUGGUGGUGUCCUCUGGACGAUAUCCUAUCCCGUAAUGACCGUUAUGGUUUCGGAAAUGUUCGUCGAUUGGCUCAAGCACGCUUUCAUCACGAAGUUCAAUCACAUUCGACCCUCUGUCUACGAGCGAUUCACCGACGUGCUAUGUCGUGACCUGGCCACAGGCAGCGCAUUUGGGCGCCUCGGCCGCAAGCAUACAUAUGUGGAUCAAUCUCCCGUGGUAGCUCGUCGACUAGGAUUCGCGGCUCUCCCCCUCGCUGUUCUCACAAUCCUUAUCGGAUCACAAGCAAUCAACCUCCUCAUCGCCUCGGCUUCCGCCCCCUCCUCCAGUAUCUCUUCCGGCCUUCGCACAGCUGAAAACGUUGGGGCCAGCGUAGGGACAGGAACGCUCUCUCUGUGGCCGGACGUGAGUUGGAGUGUGUGGAUGGAGAGUUUGAGGAAGAAUGAUACGAGCAUCGGGGAAGGAUUAAGGGAACUUACUGUCAGCGGGGUAAGAGGCUUGUGGUGGAAGGCUGGCAGUGUGGACUGGGAACGGACGGCCGUCGUCGCGAAGUGGGGAACUCUGGGACUGGCAUUCUGGAUGUCGUUCGUGGUUGUCAAAAUCAUAAUGGGCGUCAACUUGGUGAGCUACGCGUCGAGGAGAAGAGCUGGGAUGGAGGCUCGGGAAGAGGAAGACAAGAUCAACGAUUUCGGGAGGGAUCCCAUCGGCGAGGGACAAGAGGAACGGAAAUACAACCGCGAGCUCAAGACUCUCCUCGACAACGCACGAGAUGAUGCACAUCUGGCCUCUGAUAUAGGGGAGAAUGUCACUCGUGGUCGAACUGUUGGAGACGGGCGGAAGGAAGGUGCCAAUGGUGGUGGGGAGGGCAAAAAGCAGAGGGUGAAGCUGGAGGAUUUGACGAGAUACACGAUGGUUAAGCGUAUUUGGUAG